AACGACCAGCUCUCGUUUCUAUAAAUUAAAAUCUGAUCAAUCCUUAGCAUUCUUGUGAGAAAACAACUAUGCAAUGUCCUGGAAGAUAAGAGCAAGUGUGAGAACCAGGAGGCAACCGUCUUGCAAUGGGAUUUUUUGUCGGAUAGUAUGCCUUCCAAGAUGCAUAAUCGGAGGGUUUUCGAGAGCAAUAAUGGGUAGAAGAAACCAAUUCCAGCCACCGGCGGGACCACAGCUACAACAUCAACAGCUACUUCACCCAGCAGCCGUUCCCGAAGAUCAAGCUUUUCUAGCCUGUUUGGAACACAAAUAUGGCACUAGGCAUCCAUUCUUCUACUGCUGUAGUUUCAUGCAGGCUCUAAAGAUAGCCGAGGAUGAUCACAAGUUGAUGUUCAUGUAUCUCCACUCCCCUGAACAUCCCUUCACCCCCUCGUUUUGUUCGACGACUUUGAGUUCGGAGCCGGUAGUACAGUUUCUCGAUGCAAACUUCAUAUCCUGGGGAGCAAUCGCGGACAGAGGAGAGGGUUUACAAAUGGCUGCAACUCUCCAGCCUGCUACCUUCCCUUUCUGUGCCGUGAUUGCCCCGGCUGCUGGCAAUAGUAUUGCUGUGCUGCAACAGAUGGAGGGUCCAAUUGAUCCAGCCGAGCUGGUCGAGAUUCUACAAAGGACAAUCGAAGAGCAAGGGUCUGCUUUCGGCACUAGUGCAAGAGGGAGGGAGGAAGAGAAUAGUAGUGCGAGGAAUAAUGAAGAGGAAAUGAUGAGAGCCAGAGCUAAAGAGGAGGAAAAAUUAAGGGCGGAUCGUCGGCUGCGAGAAGAACAAGAUGCUGCAUAUUUCGCUGCUUUACGGAGAGACCAAGAAAAGGAAGAGCUCAGGAAAGCAAGAACACAAAAGCCAUUAGAAGUCUGCAAUCAAACAAAUUACGAGAAGCUUAGACAGAUGCAUCCAGAGAAACAACCAAGUAAAUCAAGGCAGAACUCAUCUGCUCAAGGGAAGGACACUCAGAUAUUGAUUCGGUUUCCUAGCGGUGUAAGUAGAGAGCAGAGCUUCUCUUCCACAGACAAGAUCCUCUCAAUUUACAGAUACAUAGACUCAUUAGGACUACCCGGGAUCGGAAACUACAGGCUAAUAUCGAGCUUCCCGAAAAGAGUAUACAGUGUUGAUCAAAUGGGAAUGACACUGAAAGAUGCUGGUCUAUAUCCUAGAGCAAGCCUGUUCGUCGAGCUUCUUUGACAGCACUAAUGGGGUUCGAACGCUCCAUGUAGACAUGAUAGGGGACGUUAACAU